AUGCUUCGAGGUCGGUCGCUAUCUGUGACAUCCCUAGGUGGGCUGCCUCGGUGGGAAGCCGGACUUCCUGUGGAGAAUUUACUGCUCUUUGAAGUCUCUUGGGAAGUGACCAAUAAAGUUGGUGGCAUCUAUACCGUGAUUCAGACAAAGGCCAAAACAACAGCAGAUGAAUGGGGAGACAACUAUUUUCUGAUUGGUCCAUAUUUUGAGCAUAAUAUGAAGACUCAGGUGGAACAGUGUGAACCUGUGAAUGAUGCUGUUAGAAGAGCCAUGGACGCGAUGAACAAACACGGUUGCCAGGUGCGCUUUGGAAGAUGGCUGAUAGAAGGGAGUCCUUACGUGGUUCUCUUUGACAUUGGCUAUUCGGCUUGGAACCUGGACAAGUGGAAAGGAGACCUCUGGGAAGCAUGCAACGUUGGCAUUCCUUAUCACGACCAGGAAGCCAAUGAUAUGCUGAUCUUUGGGUCAUUAACUGCCUGGUUCUUGAAAGAGGUGACGGACCAUGCUGACGGGAGACACGUCAUUGUCCAGUUCCAUGAAUGGCAAGCCGGGAUUGGACUGAUCCUUUCUCGAGCUCGGAAACUGCCCAUUGCUACAGUCUUUACCACCCACGCCACCCUGCUUGGGCGGUAUCUCUGUGCAGCUAACAUCGAUUUCUACAACCACCUUGAUAAGUUUAACAUAGACAAAGAGGCUGGGGAAAGGCAGAUUUAUCACCGGUAUUGCAUGGAGCGCGCUUCCGUCCAUUGUGCUCAUGUUUUCACCACAGUUUCUGAAAUUACAGCAAUUGAGGCAGAACACAUGCUGAAGAGAAAACCUGAUGUAGUUACUCCAAAUGGCUUGAACGUUAAGAAAUUUUCAGCUGUACAUGAGUUUCAAAAUCUCCAUGCUAUGUACAAGGCCAGGAUCCAAGAGUUUGUUCGAGGUCAUUUCUAUGGUCAUCUGGACUUUGAUCUUGAAAAAACGUUGUUCCUCUUCAUUGCUGGGAGGUAUGAGUUUUCAAACAAAGGAGCUGACAUCUUCUUAGAAUCCUUAUCCAGGUUAAACUUCCUGCUGAGGAUGCAUAAAAGUGACGUCACCGUGGUGGUGUUUUUCAUUAUGCCUGCCAAGACAAAUAAUUUCAAUGUGGAAACCCUGAAAGGCCAGGCAGUGCGCAAACAGCUAUGGGACACUGCACAUUCUGUGAAGGAAAAGUUUGGAAAGAAACUGUAUGAUGCAUUAUUAAGAGGAGAAAUUCCUGACAUGAACAAUAUUUUGGAUCGAGAUGAUCGGACAAUUAUGAAAAGAGCUAUCUUUUCAACUCAGCGGCAGUCUUUGCCCCCAGUGACCACUCACAACAUGAUUGAUGAUUCCACCGAUCCCAUCCUCAGCACCAUUAGACGUAUUGGGCUCUUCAAUAGCCGCACAGACAGAGUCAAGUUGAUUUUGCACCCAGAGUUCCUGUCCUCCACCAGCCCCUUGCUACCCAUGGAUUAUGAAGAGUUUGUCCGAGGUUGUCAUCUUGGAGUAUUUCCAUCAUACUAUGAACCUUGGGGUUAUACUCCAGCUGAAUGCACUGUGAUGGGCAUCCCCAGUGUGACCACCAAUCUCUCUGGCUUUGGCUGUUUCAUGCAGGAGCAUGUGGCUGACCCCACUGCAUACGGAAUUUACAUCGUUGACAGGCGGUUCCGCUCACCUGAUGAUUCUUGCAAUCAACUGACUCAGUUUCUCUACGGAUUUUGCAAACAGUCACGCCGCCAGAGGAUUAUUCAAAGGAAUCGAACCGAGAGGCUCUCAGAUCUUCUGGACUGGAGAUACUUAGGCAGAUAUUACCAGCAUGCCAGGCUCCUGACAUUAAGAAGAGCCUUUCCAGAAAAAUUCCACAUGGAACCCACAUCACCACCAACGACAGAAGGGUUUAAGUAUCCCAGGCCGCCCUCGGUACCACCUUCUCCGUCGGGAUCUCAGGCCUCCAGUCCUCAGAGCAGCGAUGCGGAGGAUGACGAUGAGGAUGAGAGAUACGACGAGGAGGAAGAGGCCGAAAGGGAUCGGUUAAAUAUCAAGUCGCCCUUUUCUCUGAGUCACGUUCCUCGCGGGAAGAAGAAGCAGCACGGAGAAUACAAGAACUGA